AUGGCAAGAACAGAAAAAUGGAACGACAAGGGCUCUCACGCAGAGCCAAAAUACUUUACCCACAGUGGACACUUUGAUCAGGACCCUAACCAUGUGAAGAAAGACGGUUUUGGUAAGGGCAAUUGGGGCAAAGACGGUGACGAAUUAGAGGACUUGAUCAAUGCGGGAGAGAUUCCGCCUGUUUUCAAGAAAGAAAGACGUGGCUCCAAUCACUCACAAAAUGAAGAAAGGUUUCACAAAGUCCAGAUGCAGACUUUAGAUGAGUGA